AAGAACGCAGAAAUAACAUGUUGUGAGUGAUCGAGAGAGGAGAGGUAGAAGUAGAAGGUUGGUGGAUUUUUUAUUUUGUAAUUAUUAUCAGUAGGCAAUUAAUUAUCAGACGGUGCGCGAUGAAAGUCUAUUACUUGCUCGGUAUAUUGAUGGUCGCUGCCGUUGGGCGUGCUGCCGCUCAAAAUGAAGAAAUUGAAGAUAGUGUGGAAAAUCGACAAGUGAAAAAAGUAAACGUGACCGUCUACUACGAAUCGCUCUGUCCGUUCGCCAGGGAUUUCAUCGUAAACCAGUUGCGUCCGACGCUUCGGGGAAAUCUCAGUCGUUACAUUAAUUUGGAAUUAAUACCGUACGGCAAGACGAACAGAACAUCCGAUUACAACGGCAACGCGACGUUCUCGUGCCAGCACGGCCCCGAAGAGUGCUACGGCAACUUGAUCCAGGCGUGCGCGCGCGACUUCAUCGACUCGGACGCCCUCUACGCCGAGUUCGUCGCCUGCUACAUGGACGCCGUGCAUCCGCCGGCGUCGCGACGCCUCAUGGACGAGGCGGCGGAGGCGUGCGCGACGCCCGCCGGCCUGGCGGCGUCGCGGCUGCGCACCUGCGCCAACAACACCUUCGGCGUGGAGCGGCUGAUCCACUACGGGCGGCUGACGGACGCGUUCGCGACGCCGCUGCGGCGCGUCCCGACGGUCGCCUUCGAGGGCGUCGACGACGAGGCGGCGAGCGAGGCGGCGCGGGCGUCGUUCGCGGGGGAGGUGUGCAGCAGGAUCGAACCCCCCAGGCCCGCAGAAUGUGAAGACGUUAAGAUAGUACAAAGAAACGGAGGAGUGACUGUUAGAACGGCUGUAUGGUCGUUCUUGUGGCUGGUACUUCCGCUAAUUCGAGCUGAUAGGCUGUUUAUGUGGUGAUAAAUGUUACUAAAUAUGAUCCUGAUUAUGUUAAUGACACUACGAUUAUGAUAAUGACGCAAAUUAAGUUAAAUCAUAAGGAAAUCUAGUCUUUAAUCGAACGUAAUUUUAACGCGCUAUAUACAGCGCAUUCUCACUCUGUAGAUAUGAUGUUAUAAGAUAAAAUAAAUAAUUAUUUUACGAUCA